UUGGGAUCCCUGGACCUGUGUACUCAUAUACUACAGGCACUAUGUAUCUACUGUAGAUAUCCCCAGAGCUGAACAUGAGCAUUGCUCCAGAUAAAUCCCCAGCAUGUGCCAUCAUUGGUAAGAGAACACGUGAGGACAUAUGAUGUAUACUGCAGCUGCCAUUAUCGUAUUGGUUGUCUUUAUUAUUCGACAAUUAUUUUUUUGACGUGCUCCUGGUUGUGGUUGGCCACAUUCAGCCAUGAAACUCUGUCACAGGCCAAUAAAGAAAACCCCAGGAGCGGCUGCCGCGUGUACUGCACUCUCCUCUGCAGCGGCCUGAAACAUGAGGCUCGGCGGGAGGAGACCGAGAUGGCGGCGGUGGCGGGGCCGUGCUGUGGGCUGCCUCCCUCGCCAGAGGAAACGAGACAUUACACACACAGACAGCGCAAGGAAAGGGGGAGGGGAGGGCGACUCUCGCCUCAUACUCCCGGCGGGAGAGCUGUACAAGCUUCACUGCACGACUGCCCCCCCCCCCCGCUGCCGGUCAUGUGACCUUAACGUAACCGGACAGGAAAGCACCGACAGUUUUUUUUCCCCCCCUCUAUUACCGCCCGCCUCUCGGAGAGGAGCACUAGACGCCGGAGGAGGAGGAGGCACCGAGCACGGGCUCUGGGAUCCGCACGACAGGCACAGCAGAGGCUCCAUUGAGAAGAUGGAUUUGGCCAACCACGGGCUUAUACUUCUGCAGCAGUUAAAUGCCCAGAGAGAGUUUGGAUUUCUGUGUGACUGCACUGUUGCCAUUGGUGAUGUCUACUUUAAGGCACACAAAUCUGUCCUUGCAUCUUUUUCCAACUAUUUCAAGAUGCUCUUUGUACACCAGACAAGUGAAUGUGUUCGCUUGAAAUCAACGGACAUCCAGCCAGAUAUCUUCAGUUACCUAUUACACCUGAUGUAUACCGGAAAAAUGGCACCUCAACUCAUUGAUCCUGUACGCCUCGAACAGGGCAUAAAAUUUUUGCAUGCCUUUCCUUUAAUUCAGGAGGCCAGUAUUGCAAGUCAUGGUGGGUUUUCUCACCCUGAUCAGGUUUUUCCCCUUGCAUCUUCCCUUUAUGGAAUUCAGAUAGCAGAUCAUCAGAUAAGACCUCCAGCAAAAGUUACCACUGCAUCUGAGAAAAGUAACCGUGAGACUCGAGCACAAACCACCAAAAUGAAUCAGGAUACAUCAUCAGAUGGGCCAUUAUCUCAGCUCCCGUCAUCACUGCCUGCAGCAAAUCGGACAAACUUAACAUUCUCGGAGACAGUACAAGCGCCUUUGUCUCCAGAGCCAGCAUCUUCUGUACUUCCUGCAGCGUCUACUCUGGAGGAAAACAGCAUGGAAGAGUCACCAAGUGAAGAACAAAACACAUCCCUCACCAUUGCUCACGUGAAGCCAAGCAUCAUGAAGAGGAAUGGAAGUUUCCCCAAGUAUUAUGCUUGUCAUUUGUGUGGCAGGCGCUUUAAUUUGAGAAGCAGCCUGCGUGAACAUCUCCAGCUUCACACAGGAAUUCCUUUUAGCACCUCUACUGGGCAGAACGAAACCAGCAUUUCACCUUCCUUCUGCAACAGUGGAUCUGAAAUGGGAAAAGAAUCAAUGGAACCUGCUGAGACUGGCAUGAUCAGUGACAGCGAAAUGCCACAGAUCUCAGAUUCUCCAAUCAUCGAUGGGCAACAGCAAGCGGAGACACCACCUCCUACAGAUAUUGCAGAUAUAGAUAAUUUGGAACAAGCUGAUCAGGAACGAGAGGUCAAACGAAGAAAGUAUGAGUGCACCAUUUGUGGUCGUAAGUUUAUCCAGAAAAGCCAUUGGCGGGAGCAUAUGUACAUCCACACAGGCAAGCCAUUCAAAUGCAGCACCUGCGAUAAGAGCUUUUGCAGAGCAAAUCAAGCUGCGAGGCACGUGUGUCUUAAGAGCUCUGACACCUACACAGUGGUGGAUAAGCAGACUCUAGAGCUAUGUUCCUUUGAUGAAAGUAGCCAAAUGGACAACAUGUUAGUUCAAACGAAUAAGCGAUACAAGUGUAACUUGUGUGACAAAACAUUUUCCACACCCAAUGAGGUGGUCAAACAUACGUGCCAAGGCCCAAAUUCGGACGUGUUCGCUCUUGAAGAUGAAGGGAAGUCCAUCCUGUUAAGUAGUGGGGACUCGGAAGUGGCAGAAAAUGAGCACUCUAUGCUAACGACCAUUAAAAAAGAGCAAGAAACUGUACUAGAUUAGUUUUCAUGGCAGUGUAUAUUCUUGAUUUCCUACAUUUUAUAAAUAUAUAUAUAUAUUUUUUUUUUUACCUAGAGCAUCUUUCAUUUCUGUUUCUUCCGUCCCUUCUACCCCUGUUCUGCAGUUGGUUAUAAUUCAAACCCUGAUGUUUUUUAUUUUUUUCCCCUCUCUCUCCCUCCUAAGGAACUGGAACAGUGUAAUGGCCUCCCUAAUAUCGGUAGAACUACUGAAGUUUAGAAGAAAUGUGUUUUGUAGAUGAAACAUGUUUGAAAUGUAUUUGUGGAUAUUGGGGGAGCAAGUAUUUUUGGCUCGGAGAAAUUAAAAUAAAUCUAAAUGCAUAUAUACAUUUAAUAUAUCAUGUUUGUCUUCCUCCGUACAUGUCCUUGACUACGUCAUGUUGGACAAGCAGUGACUGACACACUAUAUGUAAAUGGAGGAUCGACUGGAAAUCAUGGAGAGAAUUAAAAAAUUUUUUUUUUUUUUUUUUUUGGCCAAUCUCUCUUUUUAGAUUAUAUACAGUUCAGCCCAUUUGGUGUUUUAAUAACUUUAUUUUCUAUUUUUUUUCUUUUAUAGUAACUAAUCUGUUGGAAGUCACUCUUAACUAGGACUACAUAGAAUAUAAUUUUUUCCGCUGUCUUCAGAUCAAAAUGUAUUGUACAUAGUAUAGGCGAAGCAUAUGGCGGACUUGUUUAAAAAUGUCCAGUAUGUAGUUAACAGAAUGAGUCACCAAAAGCCACUUAAAAGUAAAUCCUGAAUUGCCAAUAAUAAGAAAAAUAGUUGCCAUACAUGAGGCAAAUUUUUUCAGUAGUUUUACAGAAAAAAAAAAAGAUUUGUCUGGCUAGCAUUCAUUUUGAUUUUUUUUUUUUUCUGUAAUCCCUUUGGACUACUUAAUAAUUUCCACAUGCUUUGAUAUAUUAUGAAAUUCAGAUUGGAACCUGCUGUGCCUUACCUCUUAUGUAAGUGAUAAUAUCCCAGAUGUACUUUCAGUGCAACUUUAAUUUAUGCCCGAAUUAAGGUAGUCUUAGUCAUUUCGGUAAUGCCAGAAGUUAUUUUUUGAUCCGAGGUGAUUCAACUCUAUGGCAGGCCCUUUAUGCAUUUCUAUUUUUAAGGCAAAUGCUGUUUUUGUUUUUUGUAGAUCAAAUGGUUAAAAGAAUCUGGUUUCAUUUCCCCCCCCCCCCCCAUACCACCCCUAUUUUUAUUUUAUUUUUUUAAGCAUCCUGAGCCUUUGUAUAGAUAUUAUUUUUACAUUUUUCAUUUGUUUUUAGUUCUUUAAGUAGCAAUUCUAGAAAUCAUUUCGGUUAACCUGUUGGUUCAAUAAACUUUAUUUUCUUCAAAAUAAAGCAAUUUUUUCCCCAAAGAAUUAGCUUGUCAUCUUGUUUAACAGAUUCCUGUACUAUGUUUUUCCAUAAAUUGACACAUUGGGGUAGAUCAGUGUUCAACAAGAUGGUCUUAAUCUCUUCUAUGCUUGCAUUAGAUGCACUACAAUUAUUGAGCGGUGCAUGCCACUUAAUAUUUGUGGUGCAUCCAUGUAGGUCCGAUUCUACACCAGCAAGGGAGCUGGCCUAGAUUUACGCAAUUGUCUAUGGUAGUGUCCUGGUGUAGAUAAUAAUAAUUGUGACAGCCCGCUUAUGCCGCCCCCACACUACUUGCUUUGAAAGGUGGUGCGUGGUGCCUAAAAUCCCCCAUGAGGAUCUUUGGUUCCUCUUCUGCCUGUAGCGUUCCUUAGGCUGUUCUUGUAAGACCUCACGUCUUCUCCUUGGCUGUAAAGUUAUCUGCACAUCACAGCCAGGGAGAAGACCACGCCUACUGAGGAGUGCUGAGGCCUCCUCCUCCCUGUGCCCUUACUACUCAUUUGCAUAUGGGAAGCCAGAAUAGAGCGAGGGCAAUGUGACGCAACAGUGGGGCUAAAAAAAAAAAGUUUAAAUUAUGGCAUCUGAUGAAGAGGGGCUACAGCAGAAGGGAUUGGUUUUAGAUGAAAAAAAAUAUCCGGUGACAGGUCCUCUUUAAGACACUGAGAAACACAAAUGCAAUAUUACCAUUCUGUAGUCCUUUUUCUCAAAAGGUAGCAACAAAAAUGUUUUGUUUAAAAUGCAAUACUGGGGCAGAAUUCAACAGCGCCACUAAUGCCCAGGUUCAAUUGUGGGUAUAAAACCUAGGAUGCUUAACAUUCUUGGUACUUCGGUGCUUUUUGGAGUGUAACUUUCCUCAUAUUUAUCCAUGUUUUUUUUUAUUUUUAUUACUAUUGAGCAGCAGCUGUGGUCUAAAGGAAAACUGUAUUUCAGCUGUAACCCGAUCGUAAACAUAAUGGUUGGAAUUAUCCAACGCUCCAUUUUUAUUUUUUUUAAAUGGGAAUAAUCUUUGAAAAAAAGUCUACAUGGAUAGUUAUUUUCCAUAAUUCAGACAAUUUAUUUUUAUACUUUGAAAAGUAAUGUAAUAUGCACUAUAGCCUUGAUGUAUUUUUCUCUGCUAAUAGUAAAGUAAAUGCUUCAGUACCACAGAUGACCAAGAGAUGAGGCUUCCAACUGCAAGGGAAGAUUUCCAUUGGUCGGAACAAAAGUUUCUUUGCCUUUUUUUUUUCUCUUUUUUUUGUUGCAUAGUGGACAAAAUAUCAUAUAAGCAUUAGGAAUUUGUCAACAGUUUUAACCAUGCUAAAUUGCUGACAGCGCUUGUUUCAGGCUAGGGAAAGGUGUCAGGAGUAGUGUGAAUAUGAAAUUUUAUUCUGUCAGAUUCAGCUCCUUUAGCAUGCUGGAGGUGGAGCCUCAGUGUACUCUUUCCUCAGCCUCAACUCUGAUCGGAGAGACAGCUGUACUGGUCUUCUGCUUGUAUUGAUAGUUUUCACACAGAUGGUAGAGGUUGUAAAGCAGCUCAGUGCAGAGAGCACUUCACAGUGAAGCUCCACCUCCAGUGCACUUGCAGGAACAGAAUAAGGACCAAUCCACAAAACAGUCCUCUGUCCAGGAAACAUGGACAAAACUGCUGCAUCUAUAAUUCACAUUGGAAUAUAUUGAAAAUAUUAUGGGGGAGGUUUUUCAAACUGGUUUAAAGGAAAACUGGCUUGGUUACUCAUAACGACCACUCGGAUUUCAGCUUGCAUUUUCCGCAGGAGCUCUGAGAAAAUGGGAUGUGGAAUCUGAUUGGUUUCCAUGUUUUAGUUUUCCUAUACACUAGUAAUGAUAAAUCUACCCCUAUGUGUACUAUAUGCCUGUCAGUGGCUCCAUAAUGGAGUAUUGAACUGAACAUGGAGCAUCUAAUUUUAUGUAAUUAAUGCUGAAUCUAACAGAAAAAGCUUCCAUAUGAAACGGGUGUACAGAGGUACAGUAGAAACCCAUUUCUGUGAGCAUUUAUGAUGUUUCCGUCCAAUUCUUGAGGUUGUACCUGGCUAUUAAUAUGGUAGUGUGCGUGAGCCCCAAGUCUUGUGUUAUACAUGGGGCUCAUGCACACUACUGUAUUACAGCUUUAUACAAGUAUCUAGCAGCCCUAUAGAUUACGUGUUUCAUAGGCACAAACCUUUUUACAUGUGGUUUUAAUCUUUAUUUAGCUUGGAUCCCAGCCUUACUCAGGUGUCAAUGGGGAUGGGAAAUAUGUAUAAAUGGGAGGUAGUCACUUCUACUGUUCUGCUAUGACUAAGAAUGCUGUGAUUCAAACUCGAGCCACAGCAGAAUCUAUAGGGCUGAUAGUGGGCUGCAUUGUUGACACUGGAUUUUAAUGAAAGAGAAUAAAGUUGGAAAUUGUUCAUUUUAUCAA